AUCAGGGUGAAAAGGAGAGAGAGAGGGAGAGAGAGGGACGCAAGGUGCAGAGGCAGCCCAGGUCCGUGGCAUCUCUGUGACUGCUGGUGCCUGGUAAUCUUGCUUCCAGCUCCCUCAGUCAACAACUUACUGAGGUGCCUUUUCUUUUGUAAAAAGAUGUCAGCUCUGAGACCCAGCAAGAAAUAACAGACUUCACCUUGGAAUAGCUCCUCUUACUCCUGCAUCAUUAAAGUGGAUUUUGGAAAGAAAAGAAAAAUCAAGCCUCAUCCCAGCCCUUCCUCAUUCCAGCACUGAACAGAAACAGUUUCAUGCUGCAGGAUUCAAGCACAGCAAUAUAUAAGACUAUAUAUCACCAAAUAUUCAUAAAGGGAAUUGUAAGAGUGGAUAAAUACGCAUCUGGUAAAGAAACUAGAAGAGGCAAGCCCUGGAACUGACUCUUGGAGAACCAGAAAGAGGUAGAAAAUGUUUACCUGUGUUCUCCUACUGUGAAGACUUGGAAUCCUCAGACAACUCAACUUUGAUUCCUCAAGUGUUUCAGGAUGUAAAUAUGGUCUGAUCUUUCCCUGAUGGGCAGUUAAAUCAUGGACUUGCUAAAUAAUUUACUUUGGACUGUGCUUCCAAAGGAUGCUGUGGCUUCCCUCUUGAAUGCUGACUAAGCAUUUGUAGCACACCAGGAAAAGAAGGAGAACUGUGAACUGGCAAGUUAUCUUACAAUGAAAAUUACGAGCACAUCUUGCAUCUGUCCAGUCCUAGUGUGUCUCUGUUUUGUGCAGAGGUGUUAUGGAACUGCUCACCACGGCUCCAUCAAGGUGACCAAAAACCAAACUAAACACAUUGAAGGUGAAACAGAAGUCCACCAUCGUCCCAAAAGGGGAUGGGUGUGGAAUCAGUUCUUUGUUUUAGAAGAACAUAUGGGACCAGAUCCACAAUAUGUUGGAAAACUGCACUCCAAUUCUGACAAGGGUGAUGGUUCUGUCAAGUACAUCCUGACUGGAGAAGGGGCUGGGACUAUAUUCAUCAUUGAUGAUACCACGGGGGACAUCCACUCGACCAAGAGUCUAGACAGAGAGCAGAAGACACACUACGUGCUUCAUGCCCAGGCUAUUGAUAGACGGACAAACAAGCCUCUGGAACCUGAAUCUGAGUUCAUCAUCAAAGUGCAAGAUAUCAAUGACAAUGCUCCAAAGUUCACAGACGGACCGUACAUUGUGACUGUGCCUGAAAUGUCAGAUAUGGGUACCUCUGUUCUACAGGUGACAGCUACUGAUGCAGAUGACCCUACCUAUGGAAACAGUGCUCGAGUGGUUUACAGUAUUCUGCAGGGACAACCCUAUUUCUCCGUAGAUCCAAAAACAGGAGUUAUUAGAACAGCCUUACAUAACAUGGACAGAGAAGCCAGAGAACACUACUCAGUGGUCAUUCAAGCCAAAGACAUGGCUGGUCAAGUCGGAGGGCUCUCUGGAUCUACAACAGUCAACAUCACCCUGACAGAUGUCAACGACAACCCACCACGAUUUCCACAGAAGCACUAUCAACUGUAUGUUCCUGAGUCAGCUCAAGUUGGCUCCGCUGUUGGAAAAAUAAAGGCGAAUGAUGCGGACACUGGUUCCAACGCUGACAUGACCUACUCCAUCGUGAAUGGUGAUGGUGUUGGGGUGUUUUCCAUCUCCACCGACAAAGACACCAGGGAGGGAAUCCUUUCCUUAAAGAAGCCACUGAACUAUGAGAAAAAGAAGUCAUAUACCCUCAACAUAGAAGGAGCCAAUACACACCUGGAUUUUCGAUUUUCCCACCUGGGUCCUUUCAAAGAUGCAACCAUGCUGAAGAUCAUUGUUGGGGAUGUAGAUGAACCACCACUAUUUUCCAUGCCUUCUUACGUAAUGGAAGUCUAUGAAAAUGCCAAGAUUGGUACCAUUGUUGGCACAGUUUUGGCGCAAGAUCCAGACAGUGCUAAUAGUUUAGUAAGAUACUUCAUUAACUACAAGGCUGAAGAUGAGCGAUUUUUCAACAUCGAUGCCAAUACUGGAACCAUUAAGACAUCAAAGGUUCUUGACAGAGAAGAAACUCCAUGGUACAACAUCACAGUUGCUGCUUCAGAAAAUGACAAUCCUGAUUUGCUGAGCCAUGUCACAGUGGGUAUUAGAGUUCUGGAUGUCAAUGACAAUCCACCCGAACUUGCCAGGGAAUAUGAUAUUGUUGUCUGUGAAAACUCUAAGCCGGGCCAGGUUAUUCACACCAUCAGUGCCACCGAUAAAGAUGAUUUUGCCAAUGGACCCAGAUUUAACUUCUUUCUUGAUGAGCACCUGUCCAUCAACCCAAACUUCACCCUUAAGGACAAUGAAGAUAACACAGCCAGCAUUCUGACCAGGCGGAGGAGAUUUAGUCGAACUAUUCAGGAUGUGUAUUAUCUGCCCAUUAUGAUCUCUGAUGGUGGAAUCCCCUCUCUCAGCAGCAGCAGCACCCUCACCAUCAGGGUUUGUGCAUGCGAGAGAGAUGGGCGCGUGCGGACCUGCCAUGCAGAAGCCUUCCUGUCCUCGGCUGGCUUGAGUACAGGAGCCCUAAUCGCUAUCCUUCUCUGUGUUGUCAUUCUCCUGGCAAUUGUAGUCCUUUUUAUCACCUUGAGGCGCAGCAAGAAAGAGCCGUUGAUCAUUUCGGAAGAGGACGUGCGAGAGAACGUGGUCACCUACGACGACGAGGGCGGCGGGGAGGAGGACACUGAGGCCUUUGACAUCACAGCCUUGAGGAACCCUUCUGCAGCCGAGGAGCUCAAGUACCGGAGAGACAUCCGGCCUGAAGUGAAGCUCACUCCCAGGCACCAGACACUGUCCACCCUGGAAAGUAUAGAUGUCCAGGAGUUUAUAAAGCAAAGACUGGCAGAAGCAGACCUGGAUCCCAGUGUCCCCCCGUAUGAUUCCCUUCAGACUUACGCCUAUGAGGGUCAGAGAUCCGAAGCUGGGUCUAUCAGCUCACUGGAUUCAGCAACGACACAAUCAGACCAGGAUUAUCAGUACCUUGGAGACUGGGGGCCGGAGUUUAAAAAGUUAGCUGAACUUUAUGGAGAAAUAGAUUCUGAAAGAACAACUUAGGGGGCCAAUUCUCACGACCUUGUAGAAUCUGCUUCCUCAGCAAGUGGAGACAUAACCUCAGCAACGACAAGGCAUAACCAUGGAAACAGUACUGGAACUGAGCAAGCUGUACACAGCUCCUGUAGAAACAAGUGCCCUUUCCACAAUCAAAACUGGGUUAUUUAAUUGGAAGAAAGUCCAAUAUUAAAAAAAAAAAAAAAAAAAGCAGAGAAAAAUCUAUUGUUCCUUGUGUAUAUUUUCAAUUGCUCAAUAAAGUCUGUGGUACUGUUUAAUUAAGAAUACCUGAAAAAAGCCAAACAAUGAAUAUUUGUUUCCAUAUUUUGUGAUUUUUUUUUCCUAAAGCAAAACUACACAAAGGGGCUCAAAAUCACUGACAACUAUGACUUUUAGGGGUGGUUCACUGCAAAAGGAAACUCAUGAAGGUAACCAUGACCUCUUUUCCACUUUUUUGAGUGGAGUCUCCAGAGCCACACGUGGUUGUGAGAGAUCCCAUUAGCCUUGUCUGUGUUCACAUUGCAUACGGUGUUCCCCCUUCAGACCACUCUGUCAUGGACUUGUAUCAUUUCCCUCUGCCCUCCCCACUUCUUUUCUCCAUACAAAAUUGAUGGAGCAUGGGGAUUUGCUGCCUGCACUAUAAUGUAUGCAACUCGGGUGUACCAGAUGUGCACCGUACUGAGAAGGAGACAAUUGUCUCUUCUCAGCUGCCCGCCUUUAUUUUAACAGGAGAUCCCCCCUUUUUUUUAAAUCAAUAGAAUGAAUUGUUGAAGGUAUACUUUGAAAAUCUGAUAAGUCAGGGAAAGUUUUAAUUUUACGAAUAGCUACAAACCUUAUCCUGUACAAAAUGUUGAGGAACGUUUUAUUUUUUUCCCUUUGUUUUCGAAAACUGAAAUCCUCAAUUUUAAUCAUUCCUUUAUCUAAAACUUGUCAAUAUUUUGCUGAUUGGUUUACACAUCAGUCUAAUGCAUUUUCCAUUUUCAUCAUAGAUAGCCAUCCAAAAUAUGUACCUCACAUGCUAUCAUAGUCUAAAAGGACUGUCCUUCAACUAGCAUAAACAUAGACUCAUGGUUGACUGAUUCUUUUACACGGGUUCAGACUUUCUCAGUCUCACUAACUAAUUAAUCCUUACGUGUUUGAUGUCUACAAAGGAAUGUGUAGGACUGGGCACAAAAAGUAAGAGUUUCACACUUAUUAUCCUUGGACACAUGCCUGAAUGUCUCUGAAAUUCAGGAUCCAAAAGUUCAAGAUAGACAUGGAGUGACUUCCCUGCCUACCUCACAGGGCUGUUGUGAGGAUCAUAUAAGCAUCUGUAAAACCGCUUUGACCACUGCAAAGGAUUCUGCUCCUUACAUGUUUGCAGACAUUAAUUUUCUAAUUCCAUUACCUUAUAAAUAUAUAUUUACAUACAUUUUACAUAAAAUAUUAUAUUACCAUGGGAGAAUGUCAUGAAAUCAUCAACAGUGAUGUUACUGUUUAACUAAAUAUGUAAUGCACAAGUCUGAUUAUUUCAGUAUUUUCCUAAAUAAUCUCAUUUCUUACUAUUUCUGGGGGCUUUUUUUUUUUUCCAAAUUGUUUUGGAUAAUGUUUUGUUGUUGUUUGUUGCUAUUGAUCUCGAAGUAAAUAAUCAUAGCAUAAUGGUCCUAUUUUCUAAAGUGAUCCCAUCUGUGUAUUCAGUUAAAUUAGAAUUUUUAAAUCCAUGAAAUAAGAAUUAUGUGAUUUGGGAGAUUUCUUUUUUUCUCUUUAAAUUUUUCAUGGUCUAGGGUCUCCAAAAGUCACAUGACAUUUUGUGUAAUUCUACCCAUGUGCAAAAUUUUGGAUUCGCAACUGCCCUGUGCUAUCAUAUUUCAGUUUUGAGGUUUGGGAAGAAAGUAAGUUUAAUUUGAAUAAUUCUCAAUUUGUGUUUUAAGCCUGAGGAAUAAAAUGUAAUUUAAGGUUUUUACAACAUUUUAGCUUCCCAGAUGCUGCUUUAUCAUUUUUUAAAUCAUAACGGUGUGCGUCCCAGUGUAGAGCUAAAUCCAAAGAGACAGGAGGGCUGGGGAAGAGCCUCUGGACACACAGGUCUGAUCUUGCUAAGAGUGGACUACAUUAGUCUUGAAAGGAUAGCAAACCUCGGAGAACGACUGUGUACUGUGGUCCUGAUGUCCUGACUUUCCUAUUUCAAAAGGAGGAGGAAGGUCAGGAUUCGGAAGUCCAUUCAGCUUUGAAUUUAGAUUUUGAUAAACCAUCCAUGGCUUUUUAUUUUUGAAAUAUUGACCUCAUAACUUUACCAAUGAGGGUUUGAAAGAUGAAAAUGUGUGUUUUCAUUUAACCAUUUACAUGAAGCUUAAGGUUCUCUGUCUGGUUUUUGGUACUCGAAUAUUUCCCUGAUUUUGAAGAAUAAAGCACUCCAGUCCAGUUUGUUUUAAAUUAUACCUUAGAGUGAUGACACAUUGAUUCCAAGUUCCUGAUAUUGAAUCUAAAUAUGAAGUCAAAAUGGAUCAUCUGUAGUUUGGAAAUAUAUAUUCAUGUUGAUUUAUUUUAAAAUUUUAUAAAUGAGAGUAUUCCAAGUACUUUUUUACAUGAACUUGGAAAUUAGGCAAGUAUAUUCUUACAAGUUGAGAUUGGAUCUCAUUUAUUGUCUUCUAUUACUCUGAGUGAAGAAAAUAGUAGUGAUAUUUAAAUGCUCUGUAAAUUGACCAGUUAUUUAACAGUAGAUACAUUACUAUAACAUCUCCAGUUGAUCAGUUUUGGAAGAAAGUUCUCAUAGAGUUUUGAGAGUCAAGUCUAUACAUUGACUCUAUGCUUUGACUGUCCACAAAGAAUCAGCUAUGGACUCACAUGUCAAUAAUGUCUCUGCACAUUUCCGAAAGUUUAGUUGAUACUUAUAGACCUAAAUUUAAAAAAAUCUUCAAAAUCAAAUUAAUGCUUUCAUUCAUAAAGCAAUUUUCAGAUUCUUUACAAAUGGUGACUGAUAAGCUAAAUUGUAAUAGUAUGCCAAUGUUUUUAUCUAGAGUAUUUCCUAGCAGUAUUUUUUAAUUUCAAAUAUUUUAUGCAAACACUGAGAAAUUAAAAGGAUUUGCAGAAAUCACUGAAGACCUAUUAUCAGAAAUUAUUUCUAUGACAAUGUUGUACAAACACAGAUUUGAAGAAGAGACACAGGAGGAAAUUACAACCAAAAUAGAGCUUUACACAGAGGUAAAGUGUGACUUUUCUCUGGUACAAACGAGGCUAUUCUGAAUGAAGUUAUAUUCACUUAACCACAUGGGUACACACAUAUAUAUGUAUAUGUCUUCUUAAAGAAAGUUUGGAGAAUAAAAUAAUAUUCAAAACAGAUGUGGAUAUUAAUGUGAUCAAAUAUGUGAUUAAUAUAAAGUUUUAGCAGAAGAGUCACUACAAACAGAUGACUCAAAAUGAAUUUUUGACUUUAUCCAGCCUAAUGUACACAAUGCACACAGUGCCAGUGGUAAAUACUAAGAACUAAGGACUUGGAUCCUUGGGAUACACUUCAGUAAGAAAUCUUCAUAGGAGGAGGAGGUGCUUUGGGUCCACCAUUAUGAGUAAUGCAGAAGAUUUGAUAUGCAAUUAGUCAUUGUUCCCUUUAUUCCCACACAUAUCUACCUACAAGUUUAAUUUGGUGUCUCCUUUCUGGUUUAGCUGAAUACAGGAAAAAUAAGCAAAAAUUCAAAGAGACUUAUUUCAGAGACACCAAGAAGUGCAAGUUUACUAAGUAUGCUAAUAGAACAUGCUUGCACCCAAUACUUUUGGGGUAAGUCAUUGUAUAUUAGCAUGGAAAUAGCUUGAUCAGUUUCUUGACAAAUUGGAACUCCAGAGCUAGUUAUUCUGGAAAAGGGUAGAGUCCCACUUUUCAAAUUCAAUUUGUGCUUAGCUUCUAGGUAUGUUAUUGAAUUGAAUAACUUGCUUUCAAUUUCAAGAAUUAAAAAAAAAAAAGUCAGAGCAUAUAUCUUAGAAAAUAUAUCACUCAGAUUCAAACUUCUUUCUCUCUCAACCUCUCUCUCUGUCUCUUACCCUUUAUGAGUAAAAAAUAAAAUAAAUAAAAUAAAAAUUAUGCAAAGGAAAUAAAACCAUUUCAACUUUUAUUUUGUACCUCAUCUGCAGAAGCUAAUCUUAUAAACCCUGCAGCCAAAGGAAUCUUACAACCAUUUGAAGAUGACAAGCACAGAACCCAAUCAUUUUUCAAAGUUCCCAAAUAUUUAAUUUUAAAAUGACAAUGUUAAAUUCAAUGAUUUUUGAUAUAUCAAAGGCAUAUUCCUAUUCUGGUUUAUGGAAAUGAAAGAUGUAGUGAGGCAGUCAUUUUUUUUAAUAAAAGAAAAAAAUCACAGAAAAAUUUUAAAAAAGUUUUCAUUGUAUCAUUGAUAAAAAUAAAAGGAAAAAAUUCUCACUCUAGGGAAGAAUCGUUACAUUUAUCUACUUUAUUGUGUUCAUGGAAUUAAAGAUUUUUUGGUCUGCAAUACUGCAGAGACAUCAAAACUUAUUUUACUGACGAUUAAUUUUAAACUCUGAGGUGAAAGUGAAUGGAGAAAAUGUGCAUUCAAUGGUUCUUGAAAUUAGUUCCUCUGAGAAAGGCAAGGUGCCAUUUAUACAUUGCAGUUCAUAAGAUGGUUCAGUCUCAAGGUCCAGCAAUACUAGCUCUGAAAGUAAGAAAACAUCAUUAUAGUUUCACCCUAAUAAUUUCAUCAAGGCAAUUUUUGUUAUACCAAAAGCACUUCAAAUUUGUUGCUCUAAAUCAUCUAUUGAUCUUUCCAAAGUGCCAUUUGAAAUGUCUUAGUUCCAAAGAGAAAUUUAUUCAUCCAAGUAUUUACUGAGUUAGAUGCACUGUAUGUAACUUGCACUCUAUGGUUAAAAAAAAAAAGAAGAAGAAGAAAAAAUGAUAGUAUUCAGGGACUAAGAGAGCGCAUAAAAAAAUACAUCCUGGUGAUGCUUGUUAUCAUCCAUCUAAUUAAGUUCUUUUUAGAAAAUCAAGACCUGUACCCAAAACUAUGAACUUUUUAUUUGUGUGGGCAAAGAAAUAUAAGGCACAGUGGCCAGUGUUAAUAGAGGCACAGAAGUGACAUCCUGAAAGGGCACAGCAACACAGUGAAACUAUGCUAAUAAGGUGCAAUAGCAGAGGUCUUCUUUAAGUCAGGGGGAUCAACAAGUGGUAAGAAGGAUGCAGAGUGAGAUAGAAACACAGAUCAGUUAAAGCCAAUGUCAAAUGGUAAAUGAUUGUUUAUGGACUAGAGGAUUCACGCAGGGAAAUAAUGAUAAUGCAAGACAUUAAGAGAAGGUGCAUAUAAACUUCAGGCGAUUGAGUGAAACUCAUUAUUUAGCCAAGGUAACUGAGUUUAUUCUACCCCAAACAAGAAAGUCAUCAUGACUAGAACUUUCUUUCCAGAAAUUGCAUCUUUCAUUAUCAUCUUCCAGUCCAUAAAGAGGUGUUAGAGGAAAACUCUUGAGUUAUUCAUGUACCUACAGAGACCAUCGAAGACCAUUUUAAUUCUUUCCAGAAAAUAAAACUUGGGCUCAAACUGUGAGAAGUUUCUGACCAGACACAGGUAACAUAUAUUUCAAGAUUGAUUGUUGGACUCUCAGAAGUGUGUCUAUUUAUUUAUUCCAGUAAAAAUAAAGUGAGAAUGAGGAAAAUUUGUGUUUUUAAGAACAAAAUUUGUUUGUAUAAUUUUUUAGCAGUUGUGUUUCUAUUCCAUAGUCAUUAUUUUAGGCAUAAAAAUAUUUUGAACUAAAAAAAUUCAAAAACCACAGACCAAAUUGCUCCCUUAUUAUAAUUAAAAUGGUUAUUCUAUAAUGAAUUAUUCUGGAUGCUUAGCAACACAGAAUUUCACGUAUUCUCCUGUUUCAUUAUAUUUUACGUUGAGAUGUAUUUCACAACGUGACUGCCAUACAGCAUGAAAUUUCAGUGAUUUGUUAGUAUGACAGGUAGACAGCCUGAGAUUUCUACUUUUGUAUUUUCCAUUUCUCACUUGUUCUUUUUCCGCAUUUACUUGCCUAUUUUUAACAACCCCUGAAAAGCUAUGUUUGAACAAUUUCCUCAUUUCAUGUGUUUUUCAGAACAAAUACAAGAAAAUGUUUUCAAAAGUAGAGUGGUUAUGUUGUUUCCAAAGUUUUGAUUUCAGUGAAUUUUCUCCACCUCUGUCACUAAUCAUGCUUUUCCUUACCAAAAAGUAAUAAAAAAAAUUUGCAUUCAGAAGAGUGCUCUGUGAUAGUUACUUUUCUGUGAACGGAGACUUCUGUUCUGUGAUGCAGUUUGGUUCAUGUAGCUUUCACAACAUUGUACAUUUUUAAGUUUUUAGAAGGCACGCCAUUUCAUUCUUCCAAAGAUAGCA